UUUAAAAUGAGAACACGUCACAUCCGAUUGGGUUACAGUCACAUCAGCAAUCAUGGCGUUUUCUGAAAUGGGAGUUAUGCCUGAGAUCGCGCAGGCUGUGGAAGAGAUGGACUGGCUGCUACCUACUGACAUACAAGCAGAGUCUAUUCCCCUUAUUCUUGGUGGAGGAGACGUACUCAUGGCAGCAGAAACUGGGAGUGGUAAAACAGGAGCCUUCAGUAUCCCUGUGAUCCAGAUUGUAUAUGAGACCCUGAAGGAUCAGCAGGAAGGCAAGAAGGGGAGAGCCUCCAUCAAGACUGGGGGAGCAAUUUUCAACAACUGGCAGAUGAAUCCAUAUGACCGCAGCACAGCCUUUGCUAUUGGUGGAGAUGGACUGUGCUGCCAGAGCAGGGAGUUUAAAGAGUGGCAUGGCUGUCGCUCUACAAAAGGUGUCACCAAAGGAAAGUACUAUUAUGAGGUGACCUGCCAUGAUCAGGGUCUGUGUAGAAUAGGCUGGUCCACCAGUCAGGCAGCGUUGGACUUGGGAACUGAUAAAUAUGGUUUUGGGUUUGGAGGGACUGGAAAGAAAUCAAACAACAAGCAGUUUGACAGCUAUGGAGAGGAGUUUACUAUGCAUGAUACAAUUGGAUGCUACCUGGAUUUAGACAAAAGCCAAAUUUCCUUCUCCAAAAAUGGCAACGACCUCGGCUUGGCUUUUGAAAUCCCACAGAAUCUGAAGAAUCAGGCCUUCUUUGCCUCCUGCGUGCUCAAGAAUGCAGAGCUGAAGUUCAACUUUGGAGGGGAGACCUUUAAAAACCCCCCCAAAAGUGGGUUUGUUGCCCUGGAUCAGGCACCAGAGGCUCACGCCAUCAAAUCCUCUCAGACAGGCAGUGCUAAAGUCAGUCAGGUGAAAGUAUCAUCCAAUGCUCCCAAAGCCCUGAUCCUCGAGCCGUCAAAAGAAUUAGCUGAGCAAACCCUGAACAACGUUAAACACUUUAAGAAAUAUGUAGACAACCCCAAACUCAGGGAACUGCUGGUGAUUGGUGGUGUGGCAGCAAAGGAGCAGCUGUCUGUCUUGGAACAAGGGGUUGACAUUGUGGUGGGAACACCUGGCAGACUGGAUGACCUCAUAUCCACUGGGAAACUCAGUCUGUCCCAAAUUCGCUUUCUGGUCCUGGAUGAGUGUGAUGGCCUCCUCUCAGCAGGCUAUACAGAUUUUAUCAACAGAAUCCAUAACCAAAUCCCACAGGUGACGUCUGACGGCAAGAGGCUGCAGGUGAUCGUUUGUUCAGCCACUCUCCACUCCUUUGACGUGAAGAAGUUGUCCGAGCGCAUCAUGCAUUUUCCCACAUGGGUGGACUUGAAGGGUGAGGACUCUGUCCCAGAGACUGUCCAUCACGUGGUGGUGCCUGUGAACCCUAAAGUCGAUCGUCUCUGGGAGCGUCUGGGUAAAAACCACAUCCGCACUGACGAAGUCCAUGCCAAAGAUAACACCAGACCGGGAGCCAAUUCUGCAGAAAUGUGGUCAGAAGCGAUUAAGAUGCUGAAGGGCGAGUACACAGUGAGGGCCAUCAAAGAGCACAAAAUGGACCAGGCCAUAGUCUUCUGUCGCACCAAGAUCGACUGUGACAACAUGGAACAGUACUUCAUCCAGCAAGGAGGAGGUCCAGAUAGUAAAAGCCACCAGUUUUCUUGUGUUUGUCUCCAUGGCGAUCGCAAACCCAAUGAGCGUAAAAAUAACUUGGAUCGUUUCAAGAGAAAAGAGGUGAGGCUCCUGAUCUGCACAGAUGUAGCUGCGAGAGGAAUUGACAUCCACGGUGUUCCUCACGUGAUUAACGUGACUCUGCCAGAUGAGAAGCAGAACUACGUCCAUCGCAUCGGCAGAGUCGGACGAGCCGAGAGAAUGGGACUGGCUAUUUCCUUAGUUGCUAUGGAAAAAGAGAAGGUGUGGUACCAUGUUUGCCCUAACCGAGGCAGGGGUUGCUAUAACACCCGCCUGAAGGAGGACGGAGGUUGCACCAUCUGGUACAAUGAGAAAGAGCUCCUGUCAGAUAUCGAGGAGCAUCUGAAGUGCACCAUCACCCAGUGCGAGCCAGACCUUAAAAUACCUGUGGAUGAGUUUGAUGGAAAGGUCACUUAUGGUCAGCGCAGGGCAACGGGAGGUGGUAACUACAAGGGUCACGUGGACGCGUUGGCUCCGACGGUCCAGGAGCUCGCUAGCCUCGAGAGUGAAGCCCAAACUUCCUUCCUCCACCUCGGAUACCUGCCAAACCAGCUCUUCAGAGCCUUCUAAACUUCCCCCAACUAGCACUACACAGUAAUACUGCUGAUGCAGAACAAAGAAAAUGUUUUCUUUCGAAAAGUUAAAGCUUCAGGAUACAACAUUUUUGUGCAAUUAAGAAGUGAGUAGUGAUAUGUCAAAUUUGUUUCCACUCAAAUGGCAAAACGUAACUCAUUAAUCCGAUAAGUAAUUUUAUUUUACGGUGUUGAAAUAUCAACAUUACUCACUAUGUCCUUAUAGUCCAGAGUUUCUUUGGAUGUUGGAAGUGGGAAGUUUUCAGUGUGACGGCCUGUUUCGACUGCUGCCCUCCUUGUUUUCAGAGUGUCCAUCUCAAGGACUUUCUCUGCCCUUGCAAACCUAAUUUGUUAGAUUUUGUGUUCUGUUUGCUGAUCAAUACAACCGAUUUAAGUUUCCCGUUGGAGUAAAUUACUAGAGUGGGUGCCAUUUUGUGAACUGAUUGAUUUAUUUUCUGAAAUAAACUCUAGUAGCCUGC